AUGCUCAGAUCCAAGGUGUUUGUCAAGAAGACACGAAAGGGAGGAGUAAUGAAGAUAGUUCGUGAACAUUACUUACGAGAUGAUGUAUGGUGCAGAGCAAGUCACUGUAGAAACUGCGCUCAAACAGAUCAAAAUUUACUGGAUUCAUCGCCUCAUAACCCCUCUAAACUGUACACAUUUCCACAUUAUUUACUACCUGAUACAAAUGUUGUGUUACAUCAGAUAGACGUUUUAGAAGAUCCAGUGUUCACAAAUGUAAUACUUCUACAAACUGUCUUGCAAGAGGUGAGUUCUUAGUGAGUUUUUCAGACAAGUUCUGAAACUGAAUUCAGCUGUGUCAUGACGAUCCAGAGGCCCGAACUUAAUAGAAAGCUCAGAGAUGCGCCCUGAACCUUUCUUUUUUAAGACGCUGUCACAACAUUCUGAAUUUAUUUGAUCCUAGUUGUUAUUCAACUGUUUUCAUGACGACAUGAAAAGCACAUUGGCAAUCACUUUUGUAAGUGAUCAUGUGGUAAUUUUGACUUUUAUACUUCCUCAGAAAUGUUAUACAGGUAUUACAAAAAAAAGAAUUACAAAUUACUACUAUUUGACAUUAGUUUGCAAUAAUUUGGACGUGAAUUUCAUUUUCAGCAAAGAGUACACUAAAAUCGUUGUCAUUAAUCCUUUAAUUUGUUUGAUUUAAGUCAUGAUCAUUUUCAUGUUUUUCAUGGAUCACAUUCCAUAAUUCUUUAUUACUCUUUUGCCAUAUUCGGAUCAACUCUUGUUAAGACAAGUAUCUCCAAUCACUUUCAGGUGCAGCAUCUCAAUGCCUCAGUUUACAACAGAAUCAGGGAAUUGAUAUCCAGUAAACAAAGAAAAUUUUUUGUUUUUUCAAAUGAGCACCAUAGGUAAGUGUGCAUCUAUUUGGAACCCUACGGAUCAUUCUUUGCAUGAUAGCUAAAAAAUUGUUAUCCUAUCAAAGCUAGGAUUUACCUUCAGAAUAAUUGUGCAUUUCAUAACUUGUAAUUCUUGUUUUGGCUCUAAAGAGAAACAUAUGUUGAGAGAAGAAAGGAAGAAUCUCCAAAUGACAGAAAUGACCGAGCAAUAAGAGUGGCAGCAAGGUAUUGGUCAGAUCCAACAGGAAAUGACAUCUAAAUUACCUCUAAGUUUUGUAGUUAGAAGUAAAUUGCAGUGUUCGUGUGUGAUAUUUAAAGCUUGGUUAUUUUUCUAAACUUUUUUUAGAAAACUCACAGAGCUUCAAAUUGUUUUGAAAUAAAAAGCAUUCUGCUUUUGUUAUCAUUGCAUGUCUUUGGUAAUGUCACUAUUAACUACCAAUCUCCUUAUUGAAUUUCAUUGUCAACUGGCAUAGUGGAAAACCAGGUAAAGCCUUGGUUUUGUUUUUAAUUUACUUUUUUUCAGAGAGUAGCCUACUAGGUGGAAUAUUUAAUACACAUUAUUGUCAGAUUUCAUUUUGCUGAUUUCUUUCAGCUGGUAUGAUGAGCAUUUAAAGGAAUGUGAAGGAGGAAAUAAUGAAGAUCUAAGAAUUAGGGUUGUUCUUCUCACAAAUGACAGAGCAAACAAAGAAAAGGCAAAGAAUGAGGGAAUCAUUUGUUUUACAGGUAUAAUCAACAUUUUCCUCUUAUUACUCUGGGAACUUUUUCCCUCACUAACAUCUAAAAAAAACUCCACCAAAGAUGCUUUUGCUUUGUUGGAAACUUUUAAUAUCUAAAUCAUCAAGUAUUUAAUUACAAAUGACCAAUAUAAUAGUUGUACAUUGGUUAGCAUGUUCAUGACAAUUUUUGAAAUCUAAUUGUGUAUCGGUAUUCACAGCUCAAGAGUAUGUUGAAAGUCUAGAAGGGAAUGAAGGUUUAGCUGACCGACUGGCACUCUCCUGUAACACACAGCAUGAUGAGGUACAACAGUCAUCUGCAUGUUUAUAAUUUUGAAUUUUUCAGUGCUUCAUCAUAUUUGAAUGUCCAACUGAGAGUGGUAUUUACUAUGUUACGACAUUUGGUCAUGAAAUAUACUUGAAAGUCAAAGUUGUUUCUUUUAUUUGUAUUGUUGAAAUGAAAUUCCUCUGUAGAUAGAUGACAAGACAAGCAGGAAGUGGGUUUACCCAGAACAUCUACCUAUGGCUAAAAUACAGGCUGGACUAAAAAGUGGCAAGUAUGUACAGGUGAUUACUGGUCUCAGUUAUUGUACUAUUGUCCUUAGAAUGUGUUCAAAAUGAUAGUAAAACUUUGUUGAAUACUCUAAAGUUUUCUUCUUUCCUUCCUUCUUCUUUAUAUUCAAGGGUGCUUUUCAUAGGAGCAGGUAAACACAGUCUGAAUGUUUAUUUUUACUUGUCAGAUAUUUGUAUUCUGUUGGAUGACAUUUAUACUUGCCUUUUCUGUCGUUUGAUAACUUUUUUUGUAGAAUAUUGAAGAAAAUUCAUGCUUUAGUGAUAAUUGCUACAGCUUUUAUUCAGCUAAGUGUUUUUGUACCCCUCCCAUUUGUACAAUCCAAAAGUCUGUUCUACCAUUUUUUGCAUACCUAGCAAUUUUCUGAGUAAAAUUCUCACAAUAGAUUCAAUAUGACAAGGGGUCCUUUACAACGAGAAAGGGCAUAAAAGGAGGAAAUAUUUCUCCCAUGAAACAAAGAGUUUUUUGGUUACAAAAAUCAUCUAGACAAUCCUUUAUGACAUGAUAUGUUCCAAGCAAUAAUUCACCCUAUGCAACAAAAAGAGUUGAUUUUUGAAACAAAUUCUGUAGUUUUAAACUUUUCAAAGCUUCUUGUGUUAUUGUUAACUUUUUAACUUCAAAUCAACAGAGAAAACUUCACUGAGGCUUAUGUAUUUGUCCAUGAUGGAGACAAGCAGGUAUAAAUUUGUAUAAUAAGUAAUGAUAUGACAUAACAUGUAAACAUUUGACAUGUACAUAUCAUACUUGACUGUGUAACAAAUAAAUAAUUUCUCUUCCUCUAGAGUAGUAAUAAUUGUGUUAUCAGCACAAAUUUAAUUAAUGAAGAGUUCACAUUCUGAACUUAACAUAGGGGGUCAUUAAAAAUGAUAUUGUACAGUACAAGUACUUGUCAGAAAUCACACUUAACCUAGCAAUGAAUUUGUUUUUCCUGUGGACAGAUAUUUAUUCAAGGACUUGUAAAUCUCAACCGAGCAGUACAUGAAGACAUUGUUGCUGUGGAGAUUCUUCCAAAGAAAGAAUGGACUUGUCCAUCAUCAUUAGUAACAGCAGCAUCACCAGCUGAACAUGACUCAGAUGAUGACAAUGAAGAAAGCAACAGUGAUAAAAUGGUAUGCGUGUUUACUAUUUUUUGACAUUUAAGUGCAAACAAAUGGCAACUUAAUUAAUUUACAGGAUAGGAGAGUAUAUCCCACUAGUUCAAAAUUAAGAGAAUGAAGAUUCUUCAAAAACAACAAAUUCCUCAUGCCUAUUGCUUAAAUCAAGAGACUCAAGAAUACUAGUGCUCACUCUACUUCUGGAAGUAUAGAUGUCAUCAUUUGUUGAGCUUGAAAAUCUCUAUCUAUUUUCUAAACAUAGGGUAUGCACAAUUUCCAACAUUGUGCAAAUAAGCAUGCUGAUAAGUAAAAGUUGCAGUUCAUUGUCACACAUUGCAGUCUUUAUUGUGAGAGUGUAUCUUGGUAUCAAUUUACUUUACCUUUCCUCCUCAUUGGGCUGAUGGUGUAACACUACGAGCUAUCAAGCUGACAUAUUGAAAAUACAACAAGUGUUUCUUUCUUUUUAGAUUGAAUCAAAGAAAGAACUGGGAGCAAAAAAAGUGUUGUCAGGAAAGGUAUGUAAAUUAUGUUUACAACAUAGUAAGAGAGAUGGUAAAAUAUGAGCUUGGUUAUGAAAGAAUUUUCAAACAAUUUUUGUUAGGCGGGCUUAAAAAGAAGUAGUCUGAGUGAUGUUCUACAACAAUAAAUAUUUUGAUGGCAAGGGUAAGACAACAAGGCUUUCUCCUGUUCCAUUAAUUGAUGAUAUUAUUCUUUAUUCCACCUUUGAGCUAAACAGGUUGCCAUUUCUUAACUCUAUUUACACAUAUACAUGUUGCUUGCAAAAUUGCAUAUCAUAGCAGUAUGCACAAUGCCUCAAGUGUCACAUAUGAACCUUGUAAUGGCCUACCUCACCACUGUAACUUGGUGAUAUAGCACUGUCAUGAGAAAUUUGUAGGUCUGAGAUCUAAUUCCUCAUGUGUGACUCAAGAUGUUUCUUUGUUCCACACUUUUAGUAAAAACAAAUUAACUUUUUCCUUAAAUAUAGCUCCUUUUUGUAGGUCAAAGCUAUUUUGCUGGAUAUGGUUUGCAGAUCAAUUUUUAUCUUUUUCAUCAUCACAGGUUGUUGGUGUUAUUAAAAGAAACUGGCGGCCAUACUGUGGAGUGCUGUCCAAGUCUGCAAAGUCUCAAGUAAAGAUAAAAUCCCUAACUUUCUUUAAUGUAAUCUUCCAAAUUACAUUUUAAAUGUUAAUGAGGAAAAUUUCAUAUAUCACUCCUCAUUAGAGGCAUCUUCGUCAUGAAUUGUAUCAGCAGAUAUUACAGGAUAUGUUGUGAAUUGUAAUAAAGGAAACUAAUAGUGAAGAAUAAAGUAGAACACGUUCUACAUGUAAGGAGAAAACAGAAAUUUUGACUGUGGUCAGUUUAGACUAUUCUACAAUGGAGUAGAACAAUGGCACCACACUGAAUGUGAUUAUGAUCAUUGCCCUCCUUGUCAUUUCAAAGAGCACAAGACACUUGUUUGUGGCAGCAGAGAGAAGAAUCCCCAGAGUUGUCAUAGAAACACGCCAGGCAUCAUCACUUGAGGGGCAAAGGAUUGUGGUUAGCAUUGAUUCGUGGCCUCAGCAUUCAAAAUACCCUGUGGUGAGCAAUAUUGUGUUUACACUUUUCUAAGUAGCAUGGACAAGCUGUACGUUGACUGUCUAUUUCUUGGAUUCCUUAUUCAUGAUAUUUUAACCUAUUUCGCGAUUUUUGUUUCGUCUAUAGGUUCCUCUUCCAACCUUUAAUUACAAAUUUUCACCAUUCGUUUGCUGGGGAAUCAAAACUAAUAAUAUGAGAGUAACCAACUUCUUUAGAGGGGUACAGAAAGGACAGCGAUAAGGAUUAGCAAUUUUCCGAGUGACAUCGCAAAAUCCAGUGUCCUAAUAAGUCUAUUAUGAUUCUUCUUUUUCAUUAUUGUGGAAUGAAGGGACAUUUUGUCCGAAAACUUGGUACCAUUGGUGACAAAGAAACAGAAAAUGAGGUUCUGUUAUUGGAGAGAGAUGUUCCCCACUUGCCCUUUUCAGCAGCGGUACUGAAAGAUCUUCCCGCCAUGCCCUGGUCAAUCACAGACGAGGUAUGAAAUAGUGAUUAAGUAAAUACGUAUAUGCGCGUACUCUUAAAUUCCGGUCAUAUCUUGCCUUAGGGACAGUAAAGUGUGAACGAAGUUGCUCAGUUGAUUCUUGCGAUGUAUUAGCACGUUUUCGUGAAAUUUAAUAUCUGUACCAUAUAAGAUGAGCAUGAAGUAUCCUGGGGAAGAAAGUACUAGGAAAAUAUGUUUUAACUUCAUCCGGAAAAUGUUUUUUUUUGUGUGCCGGUCAUUGCAGGAUGUAAAGAGUCGUUUGGACUUGCGGCUCCUAGCUGUGUGUAGCAUUGAUCCUCCGGGGUGCACAGACAUAGAUGACGCAUUGCACUGGAGAUUGCUGCCAAACGGAAACUACGAGGUACGCGAAAAAAGACGAUUAUUAACAGGUUUGGUAUGUUAUUCUCGUUAUUCUCAACUACGUGUGUAAUGUUUAGAAUAUCUGUUUAACUAUUUUUUUUAACUUCAAAUACUUCGAGAAAAGUUCAGCGUUGAAAUUAUCCCCUCACCAACCUUGAAUUAUCUUGUUGCAUGAUCAUGGUCAGUCCGACUGUCUUUAUUAUUAUUCAUCAGGUUGGUGUACAUAUAGCAGAUGUCACGCACUUUAUCAGACCAGGUACAGCUCUGGAUGCUGAGGCAGCUAAUAGAGGAACUACAGUCUAUCUCACAGAUAAGGUGAUUUACAGCUGCAUAAUUUAUGUGACGCAGGCACUUUAAAAGAUUUCGUGACACUAACAAGACACCACUCUUAGGCGGCAAAAGGAAUUUUCAAGACGCUAUUUGUUUCAUUCCAAAUUUCAGCUUUGAAGUGGAGCACAAUAAAGGGACGGAACGCGCAAGUCAGUCCAGUGGGCGUGUUUAGCAUGGAGCUCGUUUCUGCCUUAUGUAUUCAUAUAGAAAUUUUUUUAAACUGUCUACCUUACUCUCGGAGGAGCUCUCUCCUUCUGACCAUUGGAGAAGUCUUAAGAAACUUUUGCGGGAUAAUCUUUGAAUUGAGACUAUAAAUUCCAUCCCUAAAGUUACUAUCUGGGAGUUGAAAUCUUGCGUAAUUGUUGGUAUUGACUUCUUUUAAUGUUUAUCACACAGCGUAUUGACAUGGUACCAGCACUCCUGAGUUCAGACUUGUGUUCACUGAGAUCUAAUGUGGACAGGUUAGUAAGGCUUAUAUACACAAUUUUUUUGCACGGUACAUAUAUAAUGCAAUGUAACUGGCUUGACAUAUUCCUCACUUUAGGCUGGCGUUUUCAUCUAUAUGGGAAAUGACACCACAAGCUGAAAUUGUCUCCACGAAGUUCAAAAAAAGCAUUAUCUGUUCUAGAGUGAGUACAUGUAGGUUUUGAUAGCAAACAGCGUCGUAAACUUGAGGCUAUCUGCAAUUAAGACUAUUUAUCCUGUCUUUAAACUUUCAGACUUCCUUCACGUAUGCCGAGGCUCAGAUGCGAAUUGAUGAUCCGACCCAAACAGAUGAAAUAACUCUGAGCCUAAGACAUCUCAACAAACUGGCAAAGAUUCUAAAACAAAAGAGAGUCGAACAGGGGUAAGAGAACUUGUAUUUGAGGGAACAGUAGUUCCCGCAAACCUUGAUCUGAACUCCAAUACAGACCAGAAAAGACAUGAAUUCUUCUCUUACCCAGACACUUUGCACAAUUACGUUUUAUCAGUUCCUUUUUUUAUCUUCUUAACUCAUUCACCGAUUUACUUUUAAUUUCAGUGCUUUAACUCUUGCGUCUCCAGAAGUUCGUUUUCACAUAGACAGUGAGACACACGACCCAGUAGAUCUUCAAACAAAGGAACUCAAGUAAGCUAGCUAUUUAUCAUUGUCAAGCUGUUGCUGUUAAUUUUGAUUCUUUGAGUGAUCAAUUUAAGGAUUAUCCACUCUAACUUUUGUUAAUGUUCUUUCAGGGAGACGAAUUCCCUCGUGGAAGAAUUUAUGUUGUUAGCCAACAUUUCAGUCGCCAAGAAAAUUUUUCAAAAUUUCCCAGAGUUUGCCGUUUUACGGAGACAUCCUUCGCCACCUGCUGCAAACUAUGAUGUGUUGGUGAAGGCUGCGAGCUCCAAGGUGAGCCAUUUUACCUGGGGGGAGGGGGAUUUCCAUAUUAUUGUUUGGAAUUGAUGUCAUGCACGGGGAAUGUUACUUGUUAUUCUGAAAUCAAAACCAAUUUUGAUUACUCGCCUCUUACCUUUAAUUUUGUUACAACGCCAUUGUUGAACGUAAUGUUGUAUUUAUUACGUCAAACCCUGCAAUGAUAGAAGAAGAAAAACAAAAAAAACAUUGCUAGUAAUGACGAAAUGAAAAAAUCAUGGGUGAGACGUGGUGGCGCAGGCUUAACUGGAUUCCGGGUCAGAAUCGGCCGAAUAAUAGAAGAUUCUAACCCAUGUUAUAAAGUGAUAGGGAAAUCGUGACAUUAAAACGAACCUCGAUUGUUCGCGAUCAGUGGAGGGUCACACGGCAAUAUGAAAUUUAUUUGUUAAUUUUACCCCCCCCCUUCAAUCCCCUCUGCUGUGCAACACUGUUCUCACACGUCACUUGCGUAUCUAAAUAGGGAGUCCAACUUGAAGUGGAUAGUGCCAAGUCUCUCGCUGUUUCGUUGAAUGCUGCUAAUAUCCCAGAUGAGCCUUAUUUUAACACUCUGCUUCGAAUUAUGGCGACGCGAUGCAUGAUGCAAGCGGUUUACUUCUGUUCAGGCAUGCUCCCUGAAGAGGAAUUUCAACAUUACGGUUUGGCAACUCCAAUUUACACACAUUUCACGUCACCAAUCAGGAGGUAUGUACUGCUCCAAUGUACCAUUAAUUUACUACCAAUUUACCAUUUGAUUACUGUACAUUUCAUUAACCUAAAUUUUUCCUACCUGUAGAUAUUCUGACAUCUUGGUACAUAGACUCCUAGCUGUUGUAAUUGGAGCUUUAGAUUCGUAUCCAGACCUCCUCAGCAAAGACAAAACACAGGUGGGUAUGACCUGAGGUGUAACCAGUUCGUAGCUUACCACUAGGCUCCAUUCUCUCGCUGUCAAAAUUAGUGAGUUAUCUUAUAACGAAUAUAUCUCUGUCGUUACUGUCAUUAACGUCUUACUUUUCUCUUUACUUUCAGAAAUUGUGCAAUCAUCUGAACUUCCGUCAUAAAAUGGCCCAGUAUGCUUCACGGGACUCCAUUGACCUGCAUUGCCAGGUAGUGUGGUUUUUAAUAUCAUUCUUUUGUCAUAGUUUUUAAGACUUCACAAAGAGUUUGUAGUGUUUGUUUGUUAGAGGUUUUUUUUUUGCACUCAGACUGUUUGGCUCAUUUCAUGGAAUGUUCUUUUCUCAGCUGUUUUUCCAAGGAAAGGCUAAAGAAGAAGAAGAAGCGUUUGUGCUGUUUGUUCGUAAGAAUGCGCUUCAAAUUCUGAUCCCUAAGUAUGGCCUUGAAGGAACCGUGUUCAUGAACAAACAAGAUGUAUCAGGAUUUACCUACAACGAACAGGUGUUUUUCUCCUAAACUUUUUUUCAAUACAUAGUCAGCUUCGAUUUGGCAGAGAAGAGGUUCAUGAGUGAGCGUUGGUGUUUGAGAAAAUCGAAGGAAUAAUGACGCUUAUCAUCGGAGGUUUGUAGGGGACAUGUGAUUUGGAUCUUUUCGGGUUAAAUCUUGGUGUCAGAAAACGCAGCGAAUGUAAGUGUUCAUGACAUUCCCUGAUGAAAUCACAUGAUCCAUUCUCCGACGCUUAGUUUACCUUGGCAACUGUAAUACAUAAUAUCAAGAAUGAUGUCAAGAAUUACCAUUUAUUUUCUUUUUUUGUUAAUCAAGGAGCCAUCCCUUACAGAUGGUGACGUCACCUACCGAAGCUUUGACCGAGUGGCUGUCAAGAUUAAUGUUGACAAGUCCUCAACAGAAAAUAAAUUUUUAUCUUUCAGCCUCGUCUCUAAAAAGGUAAUUCUAAAGACUUUGAAAGAAAAGAGCAAACAAACAAAUUUCACAUUUUAUAUGCCGGGACGCGAAAAAAGCUCAGAACAUGAUAUGAGAAGUUUUCAUCGACUGAAAACUACUCAAAUGUUUUCUCAUCUUCUCCCAAUCACGAUUCAUCCAUUAUAACGACUUAAACACUCUCUUUCCUCGCUCUAGUCUUUGAACGACAAAAUUAUUUUUCUCCUCCUCAUUUCUUAAGUCGUGUAUGUGUUUCUUUGACAGGGCAGCAGUGCAGAGGACAUGAAAGAACCUGUCUCCAAGAAGACUAAGUUCGACUGACUGAUUGCUGUAGAAAGAUGGGGCAAUAGCGAGGAUACAGAUAUAGAAAGUGAAGUGUGAAGGAACUGAACCACAAGCGACUCCACACAACAACGGCAAGGGCUUGAAAACGCCUCUCUGACAACAAAAUAUCGGGAUUUCUGUAAAGUUGCGCAUCUUUUUUACUGAUUUUAUUAGACUAAAGUAGUGUGAAUAAGCGAUGUCUUAGUGGAUCAGUAAAGCACAUUCAAAAAAAUGAUUGUUAAACAAAUUGCAAUUGAACGUUUAAUAUCUCGCUACGCUCAACGUGAAAUCCUAUAAAUUGCAAGCAUCAUUUAUUCAUAUUUAAAUUUAUGUACAAUUUAAACUGUCAGAUAAGUGCUAUUCCUCCUUCCCGCGAGACUUGCAGGGACGUUACAAGAACAUUUGGAUGUUCCGUAUUUGGCAAGGGUGUUUGUGAUUAUUUCCCUCUCUCAAAGUUGUAAUCGAGGGUAAAAUUAUCUUAUGGGGCCAAUUGUUUUGCCAUUCUUACAAAUAACAUCUGAUCUUUCGUUAAAUCUAAAUAUGGAGUAUACAAUGAAGUAUCUCAGUUCCUUUGGUCAAAGGCUAAUUUGGUUCCUUUCAAGAAAAUCCAAAUUUGUUAUUUUAAAUCACAAAGGUAUAGAUAUUAAACAAAAUCUGCUUCUUACCCAAAGGAAACAAAAAAGUUUUACUCCUGUACUGAAGUUACACAACUAUCUUAUGUCUUUGUUGCGUCCUCUGGCCUGUCGUGACGUUUUAAAACAAGUUGGAUGGUAAUUUGGACAGGUUAUUUGUCCAAAACUUGUGUUAAUUACUGACGAAUAAUUGUUCCUCUAAACUCGUCACUAAUCUUGGCUGUAAUGGUGCUACAUGAAAAUUGCCAAAGAUGCUAGGAAGUGAGCUUGGAUUUUUCGCACUAUCUGUGACAUAAGUAAAAUUUUCGAUUGAGUGUCAUAAAACCAAAAGCAAAGUAGGCGCAACAGCCAUUCAGGAAAAAGGUAAGUAUUACUAGAAUCGCAAAGGUUAAAAAAAUAAUAAUAAAAAGUCUGAAGCUCGGGAAAGUCGCGGUUGGUUUAGUUUUUAAUUUGAUUGGUUGAAAGAGUGGCGCGAGUUUUUUAGGCCAAUCAUACAACAAUCCGGGAUUGAACACACAGUUGAAAUUUACUCAAAUAUGCAUGUUAGAUUUAAAACAGAGACAAUUCUUAAAACUCGCCACCCUAUCAAGGUAAAUUAAAUACGACAAAACACUUUCCAUAUUUACAUUCCUCAUGUACCC